UACACAACACACCGAGCAGCAAAAUGGACGCCCGUCAAACAACUGACUCUACAGCGCCUAGAAACCGACGGAAUUGUGCAUAUUUAGCUCGUUAGUUCGCAUCGUGCUGCAUGCAUAUGAUCGGAUGAGUGUUGAAAAAGGACAUUAUUCUCCAUUCUGCAGUUAACUUGCUACUCACUUCAUGUUCGCAUUUUAUCGCACAUUGUUGCGCCUCCGAUGCCUCCAUAAACUGGAAUUUCGCACUGAGGCAGUUUAUUUCAUAUGUGAGAGAGGAGUGUCCGGAACGGGAACAGCAGUUCAUGGAAGACAAGAAAAGAAAGAAAGAAGAGAAAAUAAAAAAAGAAGCUUCUCAGAAGAUUGCUGAACAGAAGAGCAAAGUGCCAGAUUCGCCCAAGCCGACGCCCGGCCAGUCUGCAGCCCCCGCCAGCUCCGCGGCGCCCAGCCCUGGCCCCCCCGCCCCCCCGUCCCCGUCCCCCGCCGGCGCCCCCCCGCAGGGCGGGAACAAUGCCCGGCGCCCGGCGCUGCCCAACGGACAGCCCCCCCCCGGAGCCCCCGCUGCCCCGCGGCACCUCCCCCGGGAGGUGCCCCCACGCUUCCGCUCCCAGCAGGACCACAAAGUGCUGCUGAAGAGGGGCCAGCCCCCGCUGUCCUGCAUGCUGCUGCCCCCGGCGCAGGGAGACGGCGGCCAUGUUGCAGCCGGCGCCCCGGAUUCCAGUCCUGGGUCUCAGGAUGCAGCUGCUGCCUCACUUCCCCACUCCUCCUCUUCAUCAUCCUCAUCCACAUCCUCGUCCUCGUCAGUCGCUGCUUCUUCUUCUUCAAAUUAUGCAAAUUCCAUGUGGGGGGCGGGCUCUGGCAGCCGGCCCCCCUCUCAGGGCUGGGAGAAGGUGAUAGUGGACGGAUCCGAUUUGGAGGAGUGGCCCAGCAUCGCCGGGGGCGUGGCCCCGGAGACGGCCGACGCCCACAACAGCAGUGCCUCGUGGGCGGACAGGCCGGGCGCGGCGGGAGCGGGGGACGCUGGGAACUCGGACAGCCCCUCCCGGCCUCCCUCCUCCUCCUCCUCCUCCUCCUCCUCCUCGUCCUCCUCCUCUUCCUCCCGUUCGGCGAAUGAAUGUACGCGCUCUGGCUGCCUGGCGUGGGCCCCCUCCUCGCCGACGGGUGUGACCGCCGGAGCGGCCCCCGCCAAAUCCAAAGCCCCGCCUUUCCCUGGGACUCCCGACGAGGCCGCCGGGCUCAGCGGCGGGAUUCCUGGUGCCAACUUCAGCCCCGAAGCCGAGCCCUCUGUGGGGCAGGACGGGGAGGCAGGGGCCGCGCCCAUCCCGUCUCCCCCCGCCCUGUCGGCCGACCCUGCCCCCGAUGGCCAUGCCCCGCCCUCUGUGGACCCGGCCAAUCGUCAGAGCCAAGUGACGGAAGCAGGGGGCGGGGAGCGGGACGUGCCGCAGCCUGGCCAGGGAGCGGGACCAAAAACAGCGGGAGAGGGGGAGGACUGCGGGGCGGCGGGGCCAGGGGAGCUCCCCGCCCCUGCGUGGAGAGACCGGCCUUCCUCCCCCCAAACGGGGGCCUCUAGGACGGACGCCUGGGAGGGCGGCGGUGGAGGGGACGAUGUCCCGGGGGAGGGGGGGGACUCGUGGGACAGAGGAGGCUGUAAGACCCCCGGGGUAUCUCAGGGAGAGUGGGGAGGCGGGGAGGACCUGUCGGUCGGGGACUGGGGCGGUUCGGGAGGGACGGGGGGUCCGGCGGGCGGGAGGAGCGGCAGCAGCAACAGCAGCUGCAGCGGGGGCAGCGGGGGGCAGCCCCCCUCCUCGGCCUCCCCCCAGCCCCCGGCUCCCUCCCCCAGGGCAUGGGACAAUCAGAAGGGCCCCGGGGGGGCGGGGCCGGGCGAGUGGGGCGGCCCGGGCGCUUCCUCCUCCAGCGCGGGGGGGCGCUCCGGAGACGAGAAGGAGCCCCAGAAUCAGCGGCCGACCGCCCCUCCGCCCAACGCUGACGUGGCCUUACAGAACCUGCUGAGCCGGAACGACCUGGACCCCCGGGUCCUGUCCAACACGGGCUGGGGGCAGACCCAGAUCCGCCAGAACGUGGCCUGGGACCUGAAGCGGGGAGGCGAGGGGCCCUCGGCCGGCACUAACCCCGCCCGCUCCUACUCGGGCGACGGUGGCCCCGCCGGCCCCGGCCCGGACCCCGCGGAGAGGGCCGGAGAGGGCUGGGCCGGGGGCCGCAGCGGGGCCCAGCGGGGGGCGCCCUGCCCUACGAGCGGCCGCACUCCGGGGAAGGGGGGCGGGGGCUGGGGCGGGACAGGGGAUGGACAGGGGCGAGGCUGGGGCGGGACGGGGGAAGGACAGGGGAGAGGCUGGGGCGGCGAGGCCCAGGAGUGGAGGGAGCGCCGGGGGGAGGCGGGGAGGCAGGGCGGGGCCGGCUGGCCGGGCGGUCCGGAGCAGUCCGGGACGGCGGGGUGGAAGGACGGCGGGAGAGAGGGAGGGGGCUGGGGCCCGGGCCCGGGCCCGGGCGGAGCCGGAGGAGGAACCUGGGCGGAGCCGGGCCCCAAACCAGCCGGUGGGGGUUGGGGCGACGGGAAGGCCGGGGCGGGUUCGGAAACGGGACAGUGGGGGAGCUGGGACGAGGGAGGCCCAAAGAGAGGCUGGGGAGGGGGAGGGGGAGGGGGAGGGGAUGCGGGUGGUAAGCCUCACCAGGGCUGGGGGGGGAAGCAACACCCGCCACAGAUACCAAACAGCCAGGGGGGGGCGCUGAAGGGCCCUGCUCAACCCCCGCAGCAGCCGUCCCAGGCUCCAGACCCGGCGGCCCUGCAGGGUGGCUGGGGCCAGCCUGUCUCCCAGCAGCAGAACCAAAGCUGGGGCUGGACGCCGGGGCCCGUCCCUCAGACGCCCGCCGGCCCUGCCGGCCCCGCCGGCCCCGGGGAGGGCCCGAAGCCCAGCGGGUGGGAGGAGCCGUCGCCCCACUCCGUCGGCUGCCGGACGGAGGUGGACGACGGCACGUCCGCCUGGGGCGACCCCAGCGUCUACAGCAGCAAGAGCGUCAACCUGUGGGACAAGAACAGCAGCACCGCGCCGCAGUCCAAGGGCCCUGCCAGUCAACCCGCCAGUCAGCCCCCGGGCCCCGCCCACCAGCCGCAGGCGGGCCGGACGGCCCACCAGACUGCCGCCGGCGGGAACCCUCCCCAAGCCGGCAAGGCUCCUGCAUCGUGGGCAGGCAGUAGCGCCCCCUCUGGUCAGGGUGCGGAUAACAGCACUGGCACCUGGGGCAAGACUGACUCGUCUACCGGCUGGGGUGACCUGGAGGAUUCUGGGAAGGCCUCUGGCUGGGGAAACCUGUCCCCCAAUCCAGUGAAACCUGGUCCGAAGUCUCUGCAGGAGGGCUGGGGAGAGGGGGGCGAGGGCGGCGGCUCUGUCAGCGCCUCCCGCCACUCCAGCUGGGAGGAGGAGGAGGAGGGAGGAGGAGGAGGAGGAGGAGGUGGUGUGUGGAGCAGCGCUGGGUCCCAGGGCAGUGGGGCCUCCUACACCCCCGGCGGCUGGGGCCCGGGCGGGAAGAAGGGGUCCGGCAAGGGUGCCGUGAAGAGCAGUGGGGGGGACUCCUGGACGAACCCCGUCACCCGACAGUUCUCCAACAUGGGCCUCCUGGGGGAGGAGCCCGGCGGCCGGCCCCUGGAUUUGGCCCCGGGCCUGACCCAGGACAAGAAGCAGGAAGGGGACAGGAGGGGGAUGAGCCUGAACGACUACAACGGAGAGAUGCGCAGAGGAGGGAGGGGGGCAGGGGCCGCCUUCCGCUCGCCCGGCUCCAAAGAAGCGGGCCCCGGCGAACCGGGGUCUUACUACGACAAGACGGGGAGUGCGUUCAGCGGCAGCGGUGGUGUGACUCAGUCUCGGGGGGUGCACCAGCCCGGCGUGCCCUCCGUAAACCCCUCCCCCGGGAUACGAGCGCCAGUGCCUCAUCAGUUCCUGUCUCCACAGGUGCCGGGCUCCAUGUUGAAGCAGAUGGCCCCUCCCAGCAGUAACGUGGGCGGAGUUGGAGGGGUAGGGGGAGGAGUCUUUCCGCCCCAGCUCUCUCCGCAGCACAUCGCCAUGCUGAGCAACAUCUAUCCCCACGUGCAGCAGUUCCACCUGGCCUGUCAGCUCCUCCUGCAGCAGCAGCAGCAGCAGCACCUCCUGCAGAACCAGCGGAAGUUCCCUCAGAACCUGCGCCAGCCGCCAGACCCCCAGCAGCUGGCACGGGUCAUGGGUAUCCUGCAGCAGCAGCAGAGGCAGCAGCAGGGCAUGGCCUCCAAACUGUCCCCAUCUCACCUGGGCGGAGUCGCUCCCAAACAGCCAAUGACAGAGCCCCUGUCCCACCCAGGCAUGGGGGGCUCCCUGGCUGAUCUGCACCCCAAAACCCCGGGGGGGUACUCCGGGUUUCCCGCGGGGCUGGACCUGGGGGGCAUGAAGGACGGGGGGGGGCAGCAGUCCCGCUUCAAGUGGAUGAUGGAGAACCGCUCUCCAGCUCUGUCACCUCCCGACUCCACCCUUCACAAGAAUGGGCCCAUCUCUACCCCCGGAAAGUUGGGCGGCGGCUCUCCCUACUCCCAGUACGAGCUGCUGGGGGGAGAAGGUUUGGGCAUGCCCCCUCAGGGCCCCUCUGAUAACUGGCACCGAACUCCUGGAAGCAAGAUGGGCCCCAAGAUGGGCACCUCUAGCUGGCCACCAGAGUUCCAGCCCGGAGUUCCCUGGAAAGGAAUUCAGAGCGCAGACCCUGAAUCAGAUCCCUAUGUGACACCAGGCAGUGCGCUGGGCUCAUCUGGGGCUUCCAGCCUCAAUGACACUGAACACCAGUUACUACGCGACAACACAGAGUCUAACCCCUCCCUCAACACCUUGCUGCCUUCACCAGGAGCCUGGCCCUACAGUGCCUCAGACAGCCCCCUCAGCAAUGCACACAACUCGGCGAAGUAUACGGAUUAUAAGCCCAGCUGGCCUCCUGAGCCCAUAGGACACAACAAGCUCUGGAAGUCCAAUCGCAACAGUUCCCAGAUCCCACGCCCUCCCCCUGGAUUAACCAAUCAGAAACAAUCCGCUCCAUCCCCGUGGGCGGGUGGAGGCCCCCGAUUGGCCAGAAGUUGGGGUGGGUCUGGAGCCAGCCAGGAAACAAGAUACGGGUCAGGUUCUGCGUGGGGCGAUGCUGCCUCCCUGAGGGGGAGUUGCUGGCUGGUUCUGAGUAACCUCACCCCACAGAUUGACGGCUCCACACUUCGCACCAUCUGCAUGCAGCAUGGCCCCCUGCUGACCUUUCACCUCGGCCAGGGCAGCGCUCUGAUUCGCUACAGCACUCCGCAGGAAGCGGCCAAGGCGCAGAGUGCCCUGCACAUGUGCGUUCUGGGAAACACCACGAUUCUGGCGGAGUUUGUGAGCGAGGAGGAGGUCAGUCGCUAUUUUGCACAUUCCCAGGCGGGAGGCGGGAGCGGCGGUGGCGCGGGCGGGGCUGGCCAGGGGCCGUCGGGGACGGGGGCGGCGGGGCCCGGGGCCGGAGGGGCCACCCCGGGGGGCGAGCGGGAACGCACUGCUGUGGGGAGCGCGGCGGCGGGGGGGAACACCGCCGGAUCCGCUGCCGUGGGAAGCGUGGGGCCCUCCGGCUCUGGCUGGAAAAGUUUGGACGGUACAGGCAGCUCUCCGGACACCUCUUCUGCCCAAGGGCCCGGGCUGGCCGUCUUCGCUCAGUGGAGCAGCAACGGGGCCGGGGGGGGAGUUGGGGGAGGGCCGGGGGGCGUGGAUCCUGGCAGGGCAGGGCUCUGGGGCGGCAUGACUCCUGGUUACCCCAGUAGCAGCCUGUGGGGGGCGCCACAGAUGGAGGACAGACAUCAAAUGGGCAGCCCAGCUGCACUGUUGCCAGGCGACCUGCUGGGAGGAGGGGCUGACUCGAUCUGACUGACACACGCUUGCAUAAAUCCACCGCCACAUACUAGAAUAUAAGCAAGUAGUUAUACAACAUUCAAAAACUAGUAUGUGCACACAAUCGCACGCACGCACGCACGCACGCACGCACACACAAACAUGGUGACAGGGAAAAUUAACAAUUUCAUCCUCUCAUAAUCUCAACAUGGAGACCUGGACAGAGACCGACAAGGCCUUUCCCACAAAAUGAAGAUGUCAACUACAAGACUUGAAUAGAAGGAAUCUUAGCAAUUGUGAUGCAGAAAGAUUUAACCGUAUGAACCUUAUUUCUGGGCUGGAGGCAUGCAAAUGCACAAUGCGCCCACGCACACAGGCUCUCACACACACACACACACACACACACACAUUGACAGUCAUAUUACAUCAUUGAUAUUGGAUACACAACAUGGGAUGAUUAUCCUAGUAACUAUCACUAACGGACACAUACAUGUUUCUAAUAUUUGAUUUGACAAACUCAUAGUAUUUUUUUUUUUGUUUUUGCCAUUUUGGGGACAGUGGAAUGCAAAUCCUUCAUUCUUCCCCUCAAACGCUGUGACCUCCUCAUUUCUUUUUUUUGUCUGGUUUUCUCAAUCAAGUUCACUGUUGUUAUUUGUUAUUAAGACUAUAAUUAUUUUAUUUAGAUUUUGUUCAGUGCUAUGAGGCAUGGUAGAGGGCGAGAGAAAUUGUGUGAAUGAAAAGUGUGUGAAUGUGUUGCAGAGACACGGACGCGUGCUUGUGCGUUUUUUUUCCGUCUCGCUGAGGGAAUUGAGCGAGUACGGGGCAGGUGUUCACAUAUUUUGAGUGUGCUAAGUGUAUGCAGUAUUUGCAGUCUGCUCAUUCAGGAACAUUGGCGCUAAUCUUUUUGUCAUUGUUAUAAGUCGUGUUUUUUAGCAGCCUUUUUUAUCGUCCGAAUGCAAUAAUAAACAGAAGACGGGCAGCUGAAGGCAGGCGUAUUGGAAAAUAGAUGCCAAAUCUUAUAAAAAAACUUAGUUUGAACGAUUGGUGUUUACACACACCGAAAGAAAAAAAAAAAGUUACAAUGUUUUCAUUUUUGUUGUUUAAUGUUUUUAAUUAAGAUGGGCUUUAACACUCCUGUUCAGAUUAUUGUGUCCUGGUUUUACAAAAGAAAGGAAUGAGGGAAGAGAUAAUAAAGUUGAAAGUACUGGUUCCUCUGUCCUGUGAUUGUCACAUAUGUGCCACUUCAGGCCACGACACGAUCUGUAUUUGCAUUUCUGUGAGUUUGCUGUUGUAGUCUGGGGGGGCCCCAGGGUUUUAUACACUCGAGCCUGUUCCUGGUGCUCUCUGUGCACGCAGACUCCUGUCGUCCAUCUUGGACGCAGUGCUUCUGCAAUAUCCUGUAAUGUUUAGUUUAAAAUAACUGUCACUUUACCAGCUCCCACCUCUUCCUGUCGAUGCUGCAUUAGACCUACAAUAUGCUCCAAGUUGCAGCUGUUUUUUCUUUACCGUUACUUGAUUAUUUGUGUUUAAAUUGAAUUAAAAAAGCACAAAAUAAGGGCUUUAAAAAAAUAAAAAAUAAAAAACUGCCUGCACAGAUGGACGCCUACACAACACACACACGCCAUUAGAAAGAACACAUCUAGGCAACAUACACACACACCCCUGAGAAAAAUACUGUUGGACUCAGUCUUUUGUAUCAGUCUUUUGUAGGCUUGAUGUCUGGCAUCCUCCCCAAGCGCUGAGGUGGGGGGGUCAUUCUGGAAGCAGGAUCAUUCUGCCCUACCCCCUCCCCCCCUCCCCCCAGGGUUUUUGACAAGGCCCUUGGCAGUCCCCUGCCAUGUCCUGCUCUCAGUCUUUCUGGCCUUGAACCUGCCCAGGAAGGUUGAAUCGGAACGUGUACGUUGUGGCCUUCUGACCGUUAUUGGGGCGUGGCUCAACCAUGAUCGACAGGCCGAACAUUCUCCUGCAGGGCUCGACGUGAUUGGUCGGCAGGCUCUCACUCCAUUCUGUGAUGUCAGACCUAGGCAGCUACCAGCUCCCUCUGGUGUUGGACCUCUGAUGUGUGUUUGGGGCCUGUUGGACCCCAGGCAACUAAUUCAGGAUUAGCUUGCUGAGCCCCAGUCCAAAGCCCUACUGUUCUGGGGGCUAGAAUAUGUCCAAAGCACUAUGACCUCGCCUGAUGGCGUUGUCUUUCUGACUGAACCUCGGCUGCAGAGGACCGCAGUGGAGCGGGGGCGGGGGGGCUGGAUCUCAGAGAGCUGUUGAAUUGGGGCCAGAUUAAAAUGCAGCUGAAUCUCAAUGCAGCAGGUGAAUGUCGCUCGUCUGUGCUCAUCUACAAUGAAAAACAGAAAUGCAGGGCAGUACUUGGGGUGUUCACGUUGACAAUGUUCAAUUUGUAUAAUUUAUUUCUUUUCGUUUGCAAGUUCGCUUGUCACAGGGGUUUGUGUACUGUCGCUUAAAUAUACAAUGACCUGGUCACAACUGGAAUCUUUUUUUUUUUUGCGCUGGGAGACUUUGACAAUUAAGUGUGUGUAUAUAUGUAAAAUGUAAUGUAAACGAUAUGAACAUUUUUGGGGAUUAGGUUCAGUGUUGACCUUUCUCUCCUCUUUACAAAUUCCAAAUAAACAGUUUGUUUUCA